CGUAGAUGUAGGUCUAAUAAUAGGACGAGCGGUUGAUCUUCUUCAGCCAGUAGAUCAGCAAGAGGUUUGGCAAGAAAGACGUGAACGACAGCCCCGUAUAAGAAACCAUUUUUUUUUUUGAAAACACUGUACCAAUGUACAAUGAUGACCUCUUUAAAGAGCAUUUUAGUAUGUCAAGAGCAUCUUUUCAGACCCUAGUAAACGUUUUAGGAAGAAUAAUUAACCAUGAAAAUGAUAAAAUUGACUUCCACAAGAAAGUCCUUUUCUCAAUAUGGACCAUAUCAAAACCUGAGAGUUUUCUGGCUAUUGGAGAUCGAUUUAAUUUUGGGAAAAGUACUGCUCAUGGAGUUUUCAAACAAAUUAUAUGUGCUUUAGCUAGCCUAAUAAGAGAAUAUGUUAGAUUUCCUCAACCAGAUGAGUACUAUGCUUCAACAGUUGUAUUUAAUCAACGUUCUAGAGGAUUCCCUGGAGUUUUGGGUGCUAUAGAUGGCUGCCAUAUCCCUAUUAAACAGACAGAAGGAAAUGAACAUGACUUUUAUAACAGGAAGGGAUUUCACUCUAUAAUAUUACAAGGGACAUGUGAUCAUAUGGGUAAGUUCAUUGACUGUUACAUUGGUAUGCCAGGGAGGAUGCACGAUGCUAGAGUUUUCAGAAACAGUUCUAUAUACAUGCAAUUGACAGGUGGGAACCUACUGUUACCACGUAAUUUGCACAUUAUUGGUGAUUCCGUAUACCCAUUAUUAACAAAUUUAACGACACCUUAUAGAGAUACAGGACAUUUAACACCUCAUGAAAUAAAUUAUAAUAUUAAGUUAAGUUCAAUAAGAUCGAUAAUUGAAAGGGUUUUUGGUAUUCUCAAAAAUAAAUUUAGAAGAUUGAAAUUUUUGGACAUAUCGGAUCCUGAUUUUGGAAACGAAAUCAUUGCUGCUGCAGUUGUAUUAUACAACUUUUUGAUAACAAUGGAGGACAUUAAUUUAUACGAAGACAUCAUUGAUGUAGACCUUGAAAAUCCUGAAGCAGGUCAUAAAGUAGGAAAUUUAGUGGAUAAUGCAGCUGUAGAAAAAAGGAAUGAAAUUAGUGCUAAUUUAUUAAAUUGAAUUAUUUAUCAUAAGGGUGUAAUGAAGUCCCUAUAUUUUUUUUAUUUAAUCUGUUAAAUGCUAGGCGUGAACAUAAAUCGAGCACGGCAGGAUAGCGCGGUGCGAAAGUAUUUCGCUGGUACACCGAGGAGCCAGGGUUCGAAGCUGCCUUGCGACAUAAAUUUUUUUAUUUUUUUUUUGUUAAUAUUCCGAUUGUAAAAUAUUUACAUAUUUGUUUUUUUGAUCACCAGAACGGAUAGCGUUUGUGGAUUUAUGAACCAUACUGUAUAUAAGUAGAAUUUG